AUGGUUGGCCUCAGCCUCUCGCGGGUACCUGCAGACGUCCUCCUUGACGUUGCUGCCUUACUCGCAAACCGGUCGGAUCUACUCAGACAGUGCAAAUCAUUCUACUACGAGCUCGCGCCCGUUCUAUAUCAAUGUGUCUUCCUCGGGUCAACGGAGCAAUGCACGGCUACGUUAAAUAUGCUCAAGCGACAGCGGACCAUUGCCAGACACGUUCGGGAAUUGAUUGUCCGGCCUUCUCGACCGAAGGGCACCAGAGAACAGUUAAUUUCAGAUAGCAGAGCGGCUUCAGCAGCUGUCGCAGAGAUAGCCUCAAACCUGGAUGCGCUGAAGAAGUUCUCGUGGUGUGGGGAUGAGUGCCAUGAGGAGAUGUGGCUUGCUCUCCGCAUGUGCUGCCCCAGGCUGCGAUACUUAUACGACUUCGUCGAUCUUCUGGGCUUCUCUGUGAAUCUAACACCGGGGUUCUACGAGAGGGAUAUCGUGUCCCUACUAGAAGAUGAAGAAGAGCGGAGACCCAGUAAAAGACUGUGGGACAUGUUAUUCCAGCGAUGCCCUAAUCUGGAGGAACUGGUGAUCGAGGGCCAUUCACCUUUCCCGGUUGAUGUUCGUUGUUUGACAGAAGGUCGGUGGCCGCAUCUCCAUGAACUUCGUCUCGGGGAUGUGGCUGUGGACUGGACAACGCCUCCGACAACCGGAAAAGGCGCGUUUAUCGCCUUUCUCGAGGCUCAUGAUGGACUCCAUAGUCUCGGUCUUUCUCGUCACAACGUCGAUCAUCGUCAUCUGACAGCCCUUGAACCCGAUAUUCUCAAGUUGUCAUCUUUCACUGGGACUUUCCCGCAGCUUCAGACGCUUGUGUCGACAUACCCGCAUCUAACGUCCCUGACUUUUCGGGAGCCACUCUGGUCACGUGAUGUUAUGACCAUGACGCUGUCCAGCGUGUUGCAGCAGUUGCCUGCUCUCACCCAGCUGAAUGUGACAUUCUUGUUACACUCGCCAUAUGACAGCAGCAGCAUACUGCGGGCACUGAUGUCCUCAUGUCCGAACUUGCGGGACCUUAAGCUCAGUUGCAUUCGGACCUCGUCCUUUCAAUUGGACUCGUUUGCCAAAUCCCUGCCAGCUUUCCGCAGGCUGCAAACCUUGAAACUGACUCUUGUGCCGACUGGUGACAUGUCCAUUUCUGCAGCAGGAUCCCGAAUCGUGCGGUCUAAUCCUCGAUUACACCAUCUCUCGCUCUCGUUUGUGCACUCGGGCUAUCCGCAUGCACUUCCGCGGCGUUCGUGGCUGCUCUUUUUAAUCCCCAGACUGGUCGAAGCCAACGCCACCUUUUCCAUCGAACGCGAUCAAUUCGGAUUGCCUGAAACCUUGGGCAUCCACGAGCGACGUACAACGGUCUGGCCGUGGCGCGGUCUCGUGCACCAGUCCAAGGUGUCCGCUCAGGACUUGCGACCAUCCACGGCUGCUAAUCGGAACGUCGUGCGCAUCCUAUUCGAGCGAUCUGCGGCUGGCGAGGAGAUGCGCAUGAUAGUUUUCUGCUCGAUGCUCGUGUGUUUUGCUGGAGUGUUCGCUUUGCGCGAUUGAGUGUGCGCGAUCGACUAAGUGGGGCUGAGAUUGUACAGUAUAUAGAUUGAGCAAAGAUACGCUACAUGUAUAUUCAAUAAUGAGCAGCCUGACUGACACAGAUAGCCAGUGCAUGCACAUCCCAGAGAUCCCUCGGAAGGGGGCGAGUUGAGGAACGCCGCGGUUUAGUACCUGCCAGAGGCAAGGUGAUUAGGACAACCAAAAAAGAUGUGGACAGAAAAAAGAAAAGGAGGGGAUCAGCUCAAGACCUGGAAACCGGUCAGUAAGCGAUCCCUACCUUGAGUUCGAGAGGAGAGCCACGCAGAGAUCCAAGCAAGAGAAAAGUAAAACGAUCACCACGUACAUUUUGUAGUUGAUCUUCACCUCCUCCUCGUCUGUGCUCGUCUUGUACGAGAUCGAGAUAUCGAGAUCUCGAUUAUUCCUGGCAUUGGGGGCGCAGAUCAGCUCGCCCUCGACCGUGUCGCCCGUAGAAAGUGUAAUCGUGUUAGGUGUGUAAAAGACUGUUUGCUUCCAAUGUGUGUAUUGGGCAUGUGGUCCAGUAGAGAACUUGACCUUUUUGUGUGUGCAUUCAAAGCAGAUGUCGAACCAAGCAAGGAAGGCAUGAACGUCUGGGAGAUGGGUGAGCUUAUGAUAGAAUCGUCGGCUCGCUUCAUACAAUCGUCUCGGGUUGCUGUGAGUUUGAAUGGUGCUUGGAAUGUUAGAUCCUCCUUGGUAG